CGUCACUGACGUGAGGCCAGCCGCCAGCGCGAGCCGGCGAGUAGUGCGAGUGCGGCAUCACAAGCCGCCAGCCCGCCGAGUAGCCCGGCCUCGGACCUGCUGCCUGCCGCCGUCUGUAGCCGCAUCACACCUCUCGCCGACCACCGCAGACACCGACCUUCAAACCGCCCCGAGCAUCCAGCGAGCCAGCAUGCGCCUGAUCAUCCUGGAGGACGCGGGCGUGGUGGCGGACUGGGCGGCGCGCUUCGUACUGCAGCGCAUCACGCAGUUCGCGCCCGGCCCGGGGAGGCACUUCGUGCUGGGCCUGCCCACCGGCGGGACGCCGCUCGGCAUGUACCGCCGGCUCAUCGACUUCUACAAGGAGGGCCGCCUGUCCUUCAAGUACGUCACCACCUUCAACAUGGACGAGUACGUCGGUCUGCCGCGCGACCACCCCGAGUCCUACCACUACUACAUGUGGAACGAGUUCUUCAAGCACGUGGACAUCGACCCCGGUAACGCGCACGUGCUGGACGGGAACGCGGCCGACCUGGUGGGCGAGUGCCGCCGCUUCGAGGAGCUGAUCGCGGCGGCGGGCGGCGUGCACCUGUUCAUCGGCGGCAUCGGGCCCGACGGACACAUCGCCUUCAACGAGCCGGGCUCGUCGCUGGUGUCGCGCACGCGCGUCAAGACGCUCGCCUACGACACGCUCGAGGCCAACAAGCGCUUCUUCGGCAACGACAUCAGCAAGGUGCCGCGCCAGGCGCUCACUGUCGGCGUAGGCACCGUCAUGGACGCCAAAGAGGUGAUGAUCCUGAUCACGGGCGUGCACAAGUCGCUGGCGCUGGCCAAGGCCGUGGAGGAAGGCGUCAACCACAUGUGGACGGUGUCGGCCUUCCAGCAGCACGCGCAGGCGCUGUUCGUGUGCGACGAGGACGCCACGCUCGAGCUGCGCGUCAAGACCGUCAAGUACUUCAAGGCGCUGAGCGAGGAGCACCAGAAGAUGAUCGACGGCGUGCCCGUGGACGAGCAGCGCGUGUUGCACUAGCGGCCGCCCGCUCCCGCCCGCACUCGGCGUGCCCGAGGACGAGCAGUGCGUCCUGCAGUAGCGGCCGCCGCCCGCUCCCGCCCACACUCAGCGCGCUUACCUGUUGCAGAG